UUUCCUGCUCUCAAAUGUAAGCAUAAAAAGAAAUUUGAAUUCCGCCAAAAGCAUCUUGCAAUUUUGGACUUAAAUAAUUUCCCUCCUUCUUGCAGCGACUCAGAAUCAGAAGAAGACUCAAAUGAGGAAGUGACUUUUAGACCUGUUGGAAUCCCGUACAAAGAAGAUGUCUGUAUACCCGUAUUCUCGUGGAGUCGCAAGGCCUUAAGCUGUAAAGGUCUUGUCAGGUUACUGCUACAAGACUACGAUCCAGAGUCCCUGUGCAUUUCCCAGCCUGUUAAUGUCUCUCAUAACAUUUCCUUCCUGGUUGAAAAUAAGUUUCUGAAAAGCAAGGAUGAUGUAAAAUGUGAUGAUAUGGGAGUAUGGAAGCACACUGGAUCGCCACGUAAAUGGUUCUUCAUUGAAAGAAAUGACAAUAAUGCUGUGGAGGAAAUCGUGCCUUUGCAAGGAAAGCCUAAACCAAAUGUGGAUAACGUGUAUCAACUACGAAGGAUAUACUAUGUUAAUGGUUCUGACAAAGAUGUACGAAAAAUAAUAUCUACUUUGCAAGGUAAAUUACUAACUUAUGAUUGUCUAUGCAAAAAGGUUUCUAGUCUUGAGACUAUUCUAUACUGUAACUUGACAAGGACUGGUGAUUUUCAUUGACUGACUAUGGCGGAGGGAAUGAAUACAACUCCCCCCCAAAGAUUUUUCUUAUUUUAAUAAGACGAUUUACUGGCAUUCCAUGGAGUAUUUAGUAGCAGUUCGUUAUACUCAUUUGAGCAAAGUCUGCUAAAAAUUGGUUUCUGUUGAAAGUUAAAUGACGUCAUAAGUAACAGGGAG